AUGCGAGUCGGCCGUAUGGCGCCAUCACGGCCGAACAGCUACCCUGUCGCGGUUCCGCACCGAUGCAAGAAACCCGAGGCGACUUCGCUUGGAGAGAUUGUCGAGACGGGUUUUGAACUGUAUCGAAUGGCAGCCGACAGUACUUCAAAAACGUUGCGAGGAACAAGUAUUGCGCCAUCCUCCUUCACAGGACGAAACAAACAAUCACCAUGCCGUGUUCGAAGAAGGAUGCAAGAAAGCUUAGCAGUCGUACGCCGAAGUAGGCAGUCGUACGUCGAAGAGGGUGCUGCGAUGAUGCUUGUUUGGAUCGUUUCGAAUGAUUCUCAAAGUGCGCAGCACAAACAGAUGGAAGAACUUGACGAAAAGGAGUUGAGCAAAAGCAGCGUCGCUGCAUUCCCCUCCUAUGCGGACCUCAGCAAAGCCGACAUCUCUGCUGUCCUCGAAAGGGCCGCACAGCUCAACGGGGCCAAGGACCUUCCUGACCUAAGCAAAGUCGACUACUCUGCUUUCCUCGAAAGGUCCGCACAGAUCAAAGCUGGCGACGAACUCAUCAAGCGUCAGACCCCUAACAGCGGCAACACCGGCUUCGAGCAGCGUACCUUCCAUGCUCUCAUCAACCCGGCUAGCUUCAAGUACAAUGCUCAAGAGCAGCACGUCGACCUGACUUCGGACGAGCACAAGUUCAUUCCUCCCGGUCCCAACGAUAUCCGUGGUCCUUGCCCGGGUCUCAACCUGUUGGCCAACCACGGUUACCUCAACCGUAACGGUGUGACUACGCUGACCCAAGGUAUCGAUGCCAUCAACAAGGUAUUCGGUGUAGCCUACGACCUAGCCCUUGCCCUGAACGCCUAUGCUGUGGUGUUCAACGGCAACAUCCUCGAUCUGACAUGGUCCAUCGGUGGUCCCUACAAGUCCCAAAGUCUCGGAGCUCUUACCGAUAUUCUCCUCGGCGAACCCGGAGGAAUCGAUGCUCACAACAUCUACGAGGGAGAUGCUUCGAUCGUCCGACAGGACUACUAUGCCCCCGAUGCUAACCACGACAACGUUCUGGUCCACCUUCCUUACUUCCAGGACCUUCUCGAUCUCGGAAACAAUGAUCAAACCCCGGGCAAGGACGUGUACACUGCCGAAGUGCUGCUCAAGCACAAAUCCAACCGAUGGCACCAGUCGGUGGCGACCAACCCGCUAUUCUUUAACUCGGCGUUCGGUGGACUCGUCGUCACAACUGCAGCCGAGCGAUUUGUUGCUGAGUUUGCGGCUAACAACACGGUAGACGAGAACGGUUACAACAGACUGUACCUCGACGAGAAGAACCUCUUGGCUUUCUUCUCGGUCGAGCGUACCGACCAGGGUCUCAAAUACACCCCUGGCAACGAGAGGCUUCUCACUAGCUGGGUCCGACGUCCACUCGGCGCCACCUUUGGUCUUGAUGAUAUCGUCCUGACUCUCCUCAGCGCCGCUGCCAUCGAUCCCAGCCUGCUCAGUGUCGGUGGUAACGCCGGACAGGUCAACACCUUCACCGGCCUCGAUGUAGGCAACCUCACCGGUGGUCUGUACAACUUUGAGACCCUUCUGAAGGAUCCCCAGGCCACCGCCUGCUACCUCUACCAGAUCGGUAUCGAGGAGCUGGUACCCACCCAGGUCAACGUGCUCUACAAGGCCACCGGACAGGCUCUCGACUUUGUCGCUAAGUACCUCACCGCUCCUUGGAAGAACCUGGCCACUGCUGGCGGUAACCCCUGUGACAGCUUCAACUCGAACAUUGCCCAGCAGUACAGCAAGUUCCCCGGAUCCAAGAUCGAGAGGAACGGCCAGACUGGUCUCUUGACCGGCCUCCUCGGUGCCCUCGGCGGAAAGAAGCGUCGCACCGUUCGCUACUGA